AUGUCUCCAAAGAUACUCAGUCUCGCAUUCCUCUCGCUUAUGACUCUUACUCCCCAUGUCUUCGCAAUCAAGGAUUCAUCGGCUUGCUACUCCAGCCCCGGAGAUCUGACCCUGGGCGGCUCCUCUCAGUACAUGGCCGUCGGCAUGUGCGAAGACAAGUGCAAGGAGAACGCCGUCUCCGCCGUCCAGGGAACCGACUGCUACUGCGGCAGCAGUCUCCCCCCAUCUUCAGCAAAGGUGUCCAACGACAAAUGCAAUACUGCUUGUCCGGGAUAUCCAGCUGACUACUGUGGCGGCUCCAGAACCUGGACAGUCAUGUAUGACAACCUUCUCCUCGAGGAGGACAGCGAGGAUUCCAUGUCGACCUCGCUGACGGUCAACCCGACACUUGUGGCCACCAUCACCAAGGACAGCGCCAAUCCCACCGCCACCAUCCCAGCCGAGAUCCUGACAGCCCCCUCGGCCACCUUCACGCAGCACCCCGGCGUUGCGCAUGGCGUGUCCUCCGGCACGGCGUCCUCGUCUGUAGCCGCUGCUGCGUCAAAGUCGGCAGGCGCUUCCUCGGCCUCUACUUCCGCCUCGUCCAGCGCGCCGUCGGCUUCGCCCUCCGGUAGCGCUGCGGCCGCUGCGACUCUGAGUCGCUCGGUGGGUGCCGCUGGGUCGGUUAUGGGGGCGGUGUUCAUCCCAUUGGUUAUGUCUUGGCUCUAA